AUGUGCCGUGUCAAGUACAUCACCGAAGUCUGCCGCAGCUGCGGUAAAGACAACUGGUACGGCGGUAACAGCAAAGAUAAAGUUGUCGUCUUCUGUGCCACCCGCAAGGCCCACGAAAACAGCUGCAACAGAAAAGAAGGUUGCGAAAAAGAGUACGUUACCGAGCGCGGCGCCCUUUGCAAUCACUGCAUCAAGACGGGCAACUGCUAUGGCCUUCAAACAGCCUUAACCGCCGACCUACCAAGACUAGACAUAUCAGACACUGUGAGAGGCCUAGAAUGGCUGCGAUAUACUACUGCCAAGGACGCAGCAGACGAACACCACGACGGCAUCUCCACUACGGACUACGCUUCGAGUGAAAUCGAGACAGAGGCGAAAUCCAUCUGGAACCAAGGCUUGACAAAGUUUACUGGCGUUUUAUACAAACAGAAGGGCAACAUGAAGAAGCUUGAGUCUUUUGAGCUUCAGAAUAUGUCAGACGACUCUUCACAGUCUUCGGAGGAAUCACCAAGGGCCCUCACUGUACCACAAAGAGUCUAUCUUGCAAAUGUUUGGACAAGGGUAUCUGUCCGUGGUCGAUAA